AUGAAAAACGAUGGUGAUGAUACAAUUCUGGAUGCUGUUGUUGAUGAGGUCAAUGAGAAUGAAGCAGACGAUGUUAAAGAUGAUCGCGCAGGUACAAAUCCAGUUUCAAAAAUUUUUGCCGUACAACGGCAUUACGAGCCGCUCUUCGUUGGGCCAGAGCGACUCUUUGAGAGCAGAAAAUUGCAAUUCAAGACUAGGUCCGUGCCAAGUAACAGACAACCCCAAGGCGAAGCGAUCAUCGAAAUUAUACGACUCGCUACGCGCAAACUUCAUCCAGAUUGCCAAAUUGAGUACAAACCAUUUAAAUGUCUUCGGCCACAUAAGCCUUCGACGAUGCUUACAGAGGCGGGAUAUAGGCCGUUGAAUGCUUUUGCACGCCUUUCGAAUGGCUAUUGA